AGUGACGAAAAAUUACAACUAUGCCUUUAAUUUUAAACAAUGUCUUCAGUUUAUAAGCAAUAAUAAAUAUUCUGAGAAGUUUAACUUGUAAAUGUAUUCGCUUUAUGAAAAUUGGAAAGGGCUUGUUUUGGUGCUAUGAACGUUAUGUUAUUAGGUACCUCUUACUCUUAUACGACAACUAACACUAGUAACAGUAACACUAGUCUAGACUAGUUCAGUAGUUGUACUGUACUACGAAAAUUAUAUACUGUGAUAAAACCCUAAUGACUGAUACUUAAACUUUUUUUUGGGGGGGGAUAGCAAUGAAAGUAAAACAUACUUUAAUGUAUGUGCAACGUGAGACUAUUUUAUCCUUCAAUUUUCAACAUUGUCCUUGGAAGUUGUACAAACCAAAACCCACCUUUGAGUUUGACACGAAGUUUCAGGAAAGAUAAGAAGAAUAUAUGAAAGACAACAAUGUGUCCUUGUAAUGAAGUCAAUUUGUUAUACCAAGAAGAAUGUAAUGAAGUAGUCUAAUAGAAAGUUUUAUUUACUAACGAUCUUAGUCAUAUAUACAGAAAAAGAACGUACUACUCAUAAUAUUGAAGUUAAGUUUGUAAAAAUGUAAUUGCCAGUUUAUGUUGACUUAUGGAUACAUUUGUUAAUUCUUGUACAUGUGAAUUUAAUGCAACCAAUUAAGGUUCAUCAGGGUUUAGUUCUUUAGAAUAUAUGAGCAUAGUGUUUAAUUUCACUAAUUUUCCAGUAAAAAGUAAUAAUUAAAAAUGUAUACGUGAAGCCAGUAAAGCAUGACUUGAAAAAAUCCAUUCAUGAUGGAAAAUGAUAGAGCUACAAAUACAGAAAAACAGUAGGAAAUGUCUGCUUUUUUAAUUAGUGUGUUAUACCAAAAAAGUCAUUUUAAGAAAUAAGAAGGAUUUAUUGUUCAAAUACUGUUACACUUACAUUAUUAUCUGAAUAUUUCAAAGAAAACAAAGUGGGUCAAAAAACAGUUCCACAUAAUAUUGGUAUUCAGUAAGUAUUGACAGUGAGUUAAAAGGUCCUUCAUAUAAAACUCCACUUUCAAUAGAGUUGCAGUGGAAUAUAGAUACCUCUUGUUAACAAGAAUUGCUAGUAGUAGUUAAUACAGGAAAUUUCCUGUGUCCUAAAAGAAAAUACAAAAUAACCUUUUAUUUACUGAAUAAAGACUCUGAGAACCAUAAACAUUUCAUGAUGUAUUAUGAUUCAGAAAAAACAGAAAUUGAAGAAAUGUCAGCUAAGUUUGAGUCAUAUGAAAAGAAAGUUUCCACACCAAAUCCUGCCCUUAAAAGAGUAAGCCUAGAUUGUGAAGCAGUAUCCAUUUUAAAAGUUUCAGAUAAUUUUGAAGAAGAAAAAAAACCUUCAAUUUUAAAAAAAAAGGAAGCACGAAGGACAAAGAAAGAUCUCAUCAUUCAACAGAAUUACAAUCUAUAUUGAAAAAGCCUGCUGUGAGAAGAAUUAAGACUCAGAAUAGCAGUCUAGACUUUUACCCUAUUUUAAAAUGUAAGAGUCUUGAUGAUAGCACUCAGUUACACAUGAUUGAGCUUAAACCCAUUUUGAAAAAGCGAAAUAGUGCAGAGGAACUUAAAGGUGAGGUUGUUGGAGAACAACGCCCCAUCAUGAAAAAAAAGUCUCUCUUAGGAGAUGAUGUAGAGGAAAAACCAAAGUCCAUCCUAAAGAAUCGGGUAAGAAGUCAAGAGGAAAGUGAUAUUAAAACAGAUAUAGUUAGAGUUACAAGGCCUAGAUCUGAUUCUGAACCAGGAAUAAGAUCAAUACUGAAGAAAUCAACUUUUGAAGAUGAACCUGUUAAACCUCUGUCAAUUCUUAGACCCCAUUUUCCUGAUUCUUCAGCACUGAAAACAUCAUUUGAUAAUCUUUUUGUGGAAAAUAAACUUCCAUCAAUUUUAAAAAAUCCUUUGCCAUUGUGUCAUCAAGAAGAUGAUGAAAAGUUGCUUUCUAAGAAAGAUCACCUUCAGAAUACUGGUUUAAAUAUUUUCGGUGAUGUUGAACACCCUCAGUCCAUUUUAAAGCACAGGAACUUUUCUCAAGGUGAUGUCACUCAAACACAACCUGUACUAAAGAAAAACUCAAAAGAUUAUUCAUUAUCGGUUGUUAAUCAGAACAUCGGACUAAAAUCAUUCAUGAGAACAAGAAGAAAAAGUGAUUCUCCAGAAUCAGAUAUGAUACUAGCAAGUAGUGUUGUAAUUAUUUCUUCUGACAAACAAUGCUCCAAUGAAAGUAGUACAUCUGAAGCAGAAAGAACAAAAUGUUUACAAACUGAACAACGUGUUAUUAAAUCAACAUUGUCACAUACUGAUAGUGCAGUGCAAACAACAGAAAGUGGACUUGGAUGAGUUAAUUCUUCUGUUUCAGGGAUAACAGUCAUGUAACUAAUCUAAUAACCAUGUGUAAUUUCAAUUCUUACAUAUAACUGUACAUUCUUUAUUGCAAGAUAAUUAUCCAACAGGAUAAAGUGAAUGCAUACAUUCUUCAAAAACAUAUCAGUGCUAAGAUAGAGUAGGGAAAUAUAGACUUUGUUAUCUUUAAGCAGUUUAUUAUUUUUUUUCAUACAGUAUUUUUGGAUACAAAAGCUACUAAAAUAAUGAUAACCAUAAAGAUGUGAUAUUAACAAGGAAGGAAAUGUGGGGCACAUUUAUAGAAAACCUGGUAUGGAGUUUUUUGUUUUUUUCAAAAGCAGUUUGUUAUUAUAUCUAUUUUGUUAUUUAGAGCUUAAAAAGUAUUGGCUUUAAUGAUUGGUUUGUUAGUGCAAUAAAAAAAAUGAAUUUUUGUAUUUUAAGCACUGUUUAUUGUUGCAAUAACAUAUUAAGCUUUAUUAACAAUUGCAAGUAAACCUUGAAACAGAUGAAUAAAAAUCCAAUUUAUUUAUAAUCUGUUUGUUGGACAAAUGUAUAUAUAUAUAUAUGUGUGUGUGUGUGUGAUAGAUUAAUGUAAAAAAAAAAAUGUGUUAUUUAUCAGGAAUUUUAAACACAUUACUCUCUCAAAAUUCAUAAAUUCAGAGAAUCACAAUUUUGAACCAUUUUUCAUGGUUUCAUGACUUUAGCUAUAAAGUUGGUUAUAAUUUUAUGUUUCAUGUACUUUAGAGCAAGGUAAGGCUUUUGUUAUAAUCUAGGCAUAAAUGACCAUUGAAUUUUUAUUUAUAAUUGAUUACAUAGGAUCAUCUAUACUUAAUUAGAAAAUUAUUUGCUUUAAGUUUAAGUAUUGAAGUUUAUCUGUUAGGCUGAAACUGUUUUACAGAAUUAAAGUGUGUAUUGUGAGAUACUGUAGUCAUGUAGUGUACUGGAUAUUGUCUGGCAGAUUUAUUCACAUUUGUUUUAUUAAAGGAGUUUAGUCUUUUUUUUAGGCUGUAUAUGUGACAUGAAAGUAAAUUAUAACUUGUUUUAUUGCAAUGUAGAUUCCAAUCUAGAAAUAAUACAUACACAGUCAUGUUAUCAUUAAAACAAAAGUAAUCUACAUGUAUAUGUAUUUUUUAUAGAGCACAAGAAAAUACAUGUUAAUUUCUCCAUAAGAUGUCACCCUCUUCUGAUUAUUGUGAUGGUUCCAUUUUACCAGUACCAGUGUGUCCUGAUUAUACCUUUUCAUCUACAUUCAGUAAACUUUGUGUAUAUGUUACAUCACCUGAAAACCAAGUUCUAUUGUCCCUUCAAGUAGCUUACCUCAAGUUCAUAAUGGCUGUUCUUUAUCAGCUUGACUUACUGCGGUAAAAUUCUCAUUUGUGAUAAGUACUUUAUACCUUAAGAUAUGUUGUGCAAUACCUUAUGAACUCUGAACUUUCCCAGAAAUAUCGUAUACCUAUCAAACUGAGACAUGUGCCUUAUAGAAGGUGUCGCAAGGAAGAAAACCAGAUUGGCUCACAAAUACAAAUAGUAUGAGGCAGGCCUCGACAAAUUCUGGACAUCAGGUCACCAUGGCGACUAAACUUUUCAUCAUGGUGCCUAGUAUUUUCUCCCAUUUUAUUCGUACAUAGGGUUAUGCUAAAUAGAACUCGAAUCUAGAACAGUUCUGGACUUUUGGAAGUCUGGAACUAUUUUCACGUAUUUUGAGUCCUAAGUUGAACUUUGUUUCUAGGAUGUUAUUAGCGGAUUCAACACUUCAUGUUUUAUCGGGAAUGACGCACGGCUGUUGCACGACACAUUACUAAUUUCAUGCCACUUUGUUUUUCUUCAUCUCAGUUCAAUCAAUCAGUGUGUGUGUCUUUAUACUUGGACGGGACCAAAGACAGUUACUUCAGGCAAUACUAUCAAGUUGUUGUUGAUAUCAUGUGAUCAUUAGCAUGCACUCGUCUCUGUAAAAGUAAAUAAAUAGCCCCCAUUUCCUGGUACAAACAGUAGUGAAAAAAGUUAGGUUAGGCACCUGAGUUUUUGGGCUGGCUCCUAGAUCUGAAAAUAUUUGUUGAGGCCUGGUAUAUGUGAUAAAAUUAAAGAAAAGCGUUAUAAAUUUGAGAAGUUUAAAUUGAUGGCUAUGAUGGGAAACAUAGAUGAUUAAGGAAGAUCAGGAGAGUUGGUCAAACUGGACAUUAGAUUGUCAAAAGGGUUAGCUGAAAUUGUAAAAAAUAACAGUAAGAAUUUCAUUGGAUACAUCAACCUCCUUAGUAUUCUUAUACUUGUGAAUUUUUUGUCACUUUUUUUUUUUUGCAAAAUUUUCAGUUCCUUUAUUAUGAAGUUAAAUGUACAAGACAUGUAUAUAUAUUAACAAAACAGGUAGAAGCCACUCAUAUUUAUAUUGCAUGCACUGAAGGGAUAAAUACAGGGAGGGUCCAGGAAGUCUGGAUUCCCUCCCCUCCCUCCUUUUUUUGGGAGAGCUUUCUCUAAAAAAAUUGGGAAAUUCUAAAGAACAUUUGCAAAACUGACUUAGAAAAAAACCACUUCCAACCCCUUUCCAGCCAGAACCCAGCUUCCUUUUCUAAAAAUUCUGUGUUCAUAUCUUACAGGUGCAUCAUACUACUUCUACGUAAGAAAUAAAAUGGAAUUACAUAAAUUGCAAUAAUCAGCAGUUCUUUGGUGUGAUAGUCCUAGAAACAGGAAAAUAAUUGAAUAUAAAUUUAUGUUAAAUAAUAAAGAAACUUUAACAUUUAUUUAAUUGUAAUCUUGCUGCAGUGAUUAGAUAUUUGGAUUUGGUGUUGUUGUACUUGAAGAAGGACAAUGCACACAAGGAAUCCAAGAUUGCAUUAAGGCCAGAGGAGGUCAUAAGUGUGUGUACUGGCUCUACCCACAGUGUUUAGUGAUGUCAAGUAGUAGUAGAAGCAUACAUCAGAAAAACUCGGACUAAACUUUGCAGAAUCAGAAAGUAAAGUUUACCCCGAGACUAUCCCAGGAUGAACAAUUUUUGUUCAGCUUACUCACCCCAAGACUGUCUCAGGGUAAUUGUCAAGGAGGUUAAGAAUAAGCAAAAUGUUAGGCUGGGAGUAGGAUCUUUAGGGAAUUUUAAAUGAGGGCUAAUUUCUGAUGAUGGUUAAUCAAAUUCUACUUUUUCUAAUGUUUUACUAAUGAAGAUUUAAGUAGAAUUCCUCAUUUUGAAUAGUUGAUAGAUGGAA